AUGGGAUGGAUGUCCUGGGCGACAUUCUUCUGCGAGGUUGACUGCGAGAAACAUCCACAUGCCUGCAUCAACGAAAAGCUCUAUCAAGAGAUGGCUGAUAAACUUGACUAUACUCUCCCGAAAUGCUCCGAAUUUACGGAAAAUCGUUGUAUUUGA